AUGCUGAUCGGCUUGCAGACGGCCUUGGGGCAGCAGCUCAACGGCGCCCACGCUGUGGUACAGCACUUCCAUGCGCAGACCGGCCGCUUCGCCGUGUGCUUGAAGGAGGGAGAUCCUCCGCAUGAGUGGAAGAAGAUCAGGCCACAGAAUCUGCAAGCUGACGCGGAUCCUUCUUCGGCCUCAUCGAUUGCUUUGCAGGGUGCCAGAGAAUGUGGGAGAGCUUGUCUGGAGUCGGUUGCAGAGAUCUUCGAUGACCUCCUCCUCAUGAUUCACGACGAAGAUGACGACAGUACGAGCGUCCUACAUUCCCACCUAAGCGCAUCGAUGUGGGAAGCCUUGAUGCAGUGCGUCCAGGACAGGCGGCUUUCAUCUUCCGCCUUGCUGGACCUGUGCAGCAACAAUGCCACCCUUUGCUCCGUCCUGGCCCGCCACAUCUUCUCGGUCCCGGUGGAGCUCUCAAGGCCUCCAGAAGCGACGUCGACUCAGCGGGUCCUGCGGCUUCAGGAAGGCUUUGCCCGCGCUUACUGCAAACUCUACCAGCCUGAUGCCCUUUGGGACGCGAGCCUGGGUGGAGGCAUUGCAGAGCUGCAGGUCGAGCUAGAUGGCCAUGUCUUGAAUCUCGCUUCCGCCGCAGUGCAGUUGGACGUUCUGGAGAGCUUUAUCCAGUGCUGCGAUAUCCACGUGGCGUGGUUUGCGGCGGAGCUCAGACCGCUAGCACUUGAGUGGGGAGAAGAGAACGUGCCAAUUCCCAU